AAAUGGAUAUUUACAAUCAUGAAUAAUGUGCUGCAGAUGGUUUUAGCAUAAUAAAAAUUUGACCGUCGGUUCAUUUGUAAUGCUUAUUAUCUAGAGGAGUUGUGAAGUUUGAUUUUUUUUUUUUCUUUAAAGAUAUGAGUACAUUACCAUAUAACACCCUCCUCUGAAAAUAAAUAAAUAAAUAAAUAAUAAAAAAUAAUUAAAAAAAAAAAAAAGAAAAAACUUAUUAUAGUCUUGUAAGUUUUGGCCACUAUGUCUUUAGUAAAUGAUGGCAAAGAGGAAACUAUUGGGUUGAGUAUUCUGCUUUUAAGUUCUUUAGCUUUUGUGCCGUUAGGAGCCUGCACAUUCUUACAUGGUUGAAGUGGGAUUUUUUGCAUUUGACACGAAAUUUAGUGAUUCUUCCAUUGCUCUGUGAGUAGAACUGAUUUUGACAUAUGAAAUCUUCAAAGAGUGUUUGGAAAAGGUUAUAUUGUUGGUUAUGGCUAGCAUAUCCUACCAUGGGAAUGUGAAAGAUUGGGACAAAUUGAUAAAAUGUACGAAGUUCCAUCUUGAAACUGUAAUUCUUGACAAGUUUAUUGUUAACAGGCCUAACACUUUGCUUGAUAGCUCAAGUAACCCCCACAUCCAUGAUAUGAGUGAUUAUGAGAGAGAGAUGCAGGACUUCUUCAUCGAGGUCAAAACAAUGCUUAAGAAAGGGGAUAUAAAUGACGCUGUUGAUCUUCUUCAAGCAAAUUAUGAAGCAGUUAAAGAACAGAUGGAUGCAGGUGUUAAAGGCAUGGAGCAAGCUGCUAUUCUUGACAUCAUAGCUUUGGGAUACAUGGGUAUUGGGGACUUCAAGCUUGUUGAGCGCCUGUUGAAUAAGUUGAGUGAAAUUGUUAGCAGUAUGAAGAAUGGUGAACCACUUCUCGAUUCAGUACUGAUGCAUAUGGGAAGUAUGUAUGCAGCUUUGGGGAAAUUUGAAGAUGCAUUGAGCGCGUACAGAAGGGGUCUUGAAAUUUUAGAGAUUAUAUUUGGAAAGCAGAGUCCUUUUCUUAUUGUACCACUUCUGGGGAUGGCAAAAGUGUUCGGUUCUAUUGGAAGGGUAAAAAAAGCGGUAGAGAUCUACGAUCGAGCAUUGAAUAUUUUGGAAACAAGCAGAGGUGCUGAAAGCGAAGAUCUUGUGUUGCCUUUAUUUGGUCUUGGUAAUCUUCUAAUCAUGGAAGGAAAGGCUUCAGAUGCAGAAAAUUCUUUUAAGAGAAUUUUAAGCAUAUAUACCAAAUUAUAUGGAGAAAAUGAUGGAAGAGUAGGAAUGGCUAUGUGUUUCCUAGCUCACGCCAAGUGUGCAAAAGGGGAUGUGGAUGAAGCUAUACGUUUAUACAGAAAGGGUUUACAGGUCAUGAAGUAUUCAAAGUACAUGGAUUUAGAUGAUGAUAUUAUGGAGAAGAUGCGGAUAGAUUUGGCUGAGUUGCUUCAUGUUGCAGGAAGAGAACAUGAAGGACGAGAGCUACUGGAGGAGUCCUUGCUGAUAGCUGAGAAGUAUAAAGGAAAUGAGCAUCCCAGUUCAGUGACCCACCUUUUAAAUCUCGCAAUCUCUUAUUCACGCUCUAAGAAGUUUGUGGAGGCUGAGCGCUUGCUGAGGACAAGUCUACGUAUCAUGAUGAAAUCUGUGGGUCCUGAUGAUCAAUCUAUAACUGUUCCAAUGUUGCAUCUUGCAGUUACUCUAUACCAUUUGAAACAGGAUGAAGAGGCUGAGCAUCUUGCUCUAGAGGCUAUACGAAUACGUGAGGAGGCAUUUGGAAAAGAAUCUCUCCCAGUUGGGGAGGCUCUCGACUGUUUGGCUUCCAUCCAGUCCAGAUCAAGGAAAGAUGAUGGUGAAGUAUUUGCUCUGCUGAAGAGGGUGUUGAGCAUCCAAGAGAAAGAAUUGGGCCACGAGAGUGAAGAUGUAGUGAUUACUCUAAAGAAGUUAGUUUUUUAUCUAGACAAACUGAGCAACAAAGAUGAAAUUUUGCCUUUGCAGAGAAGACUAUCCAUGCUUAGAACCAAAUAUAAGAAGUAUGUUAAAUCGUAGUUCCAUUGUAUCAUAAUUCCUUUCUUAGUUCAUAAGAUUAGGGUUAAACUCAAUCAGUUCAACUGGAUUAUAAGAUAACAUGAUCUCUGGUCUGUCAAAUGCCAUUCCUGUAAAAUAAUCACUGCUCAUAGUUUUUGAGUCUUCUGAUGCAAUGGCCUUAUCCUCUAAUAUAUGUUUAAUAAAUGAAAGUAUAUCAAUAUUUGCAA